CCAUGUGGUUGAGGUCAGAGUGAGAGGGUGGGUGUACAUUAAUUUGCUUACAGAGGAAGUUGGCAGUUGCUGAGCUGCAGAUGCAGUUAUGGCUCAACCUGGUAGCUGCAGUGUUGGUGCUGGGGGGAUUCAAGGGAACCUGCAUAAACUCCACUCCUUCCUCAACGCCACAGACGCCAAAAGCGCUGCGGUUGAAUCACACAACCUCAUUGGCAACCUGGGUCAGGAGUGCAUGGUGUCCAAAAACGAAAACGAACUGGUUUUACAGACUUCGCUAAUCUUCUCCAAAGAAAAUGGAUUGCUGGCUUUUGUGCGUAAAUCCCUCAAUAUCGAAGAUUUUCGUGACACCAGAGAGGAGGCCUUAAAGCUUUUGACAACUUUUCUCGAUCGGAUAGCACAUAAAGUCAAUGGCUGGGAGAAAAACUAUGCGUGUGAUAUUAAGGAUACAUGCCUUGUUGUGUAUACCAAGGACAGAGCUGCAAAAUGCAAAGUGUCAGCUUUGGAACUUCUUAUCAAGCUGCUUCACAUUACAAGCCCCUGUUUGCUUCAAGAGUUUAAAGUGGGAGAUAUGUUUAAUAAAUUUUAUGGAGAUCUUGCACAGAAAAGUAAAAUACCUGACACAGUGCUGGAGAAGAUUUAUGAGCUGCUUGGAGUUCUGGGAGAAGUGCAGCCCAGCGACAUGCUUAAUAAUUCUGAGAAACUUUAUCGGGCCUACCUGAGUGAACUGAAGUCACAGAUGACGUCUGCAACAAGAGAGCCCAAGCUACCAGUGGUAGCUGGAUGUCUGAAAGGUUUAACAGCGCUUAUGAUAAACUUUACCAAAUCAAUGGAUGAAGAUCCCAAAAGUUCAAAGGAAAUAUUUGAUUUUGCACUAAAAGCUAUUAGCCCCCAGACAGAGUUUAAAAGAUAUGCAGUACUUUUGGCUGGACUACGUUUGUUUGCGAAACACGCAGGUCAAUUCGGUUCCUGCCUCAUGGACAACUAUAGGUCACUUUAUGAAGUCAUGUCCAAGUGGUGCGGCCAUACAAACAUAGAGAUGAAAAAAGCAGGAUAUCAUGCACUGGAGGCCUUUCUGAAGCAGGUUGCCCUGCUGGUUGCUGAGAAUGCCGAGUUACACAAGAGUAAGCUGGAGUUUUUCAUGCGGCAGUUCUAUACAGUCAUUCGAACACUGGAUUCCAGUACCAAGGAGCUCUCCAUUGCCAUUCGAGGAUAUGGACUCUUUGCAGCUCCCUGUAAAGCAGUGUGCCUGGGGGAUGUGGAUUUCAUGUACACAGAGCUGAUUCAGCGCUGCAAGCAGAUGUACCUGACUGAGACUGACACAGAGGAUGACAAUGUGUAUCAGCUGCCCAGCUUUCUGGACUCCAUUGCCAGUGUCAUAUUCCACCUUGACAGGAUUCCUGAAGUGUACACCCCUGUGCUGGAGCGCCUGCUCGUUGUCCAAAUUGACAGUUUCCCGCAGUACAGUCAGAGGAUGCAGCCUGUCUGCUGCCGCUCCAUUCUCAAGGUGUUCAUUGCCCUGGCAGGGAAGGGGCCUGUUCUCUGGAGCUUCAUUAGCACAGUGGUGCAUCAGGGUCUGAUUCGUGUCUGUUCUAAGCCAGUUGUUCUUACUGGGGAAGAAGGGGGUCAAGAGGGAGGCCAACCAGUGGAAAAAGGACAGGUUCACACAGGAAAGUGGAAGGUCCCCUCAUACAGGGACUACCUAGACCUGUUUAGGAACCUUCUGGAAUGCGAUAAAAUGAAGGACACUGGAUUCGUAGAUGGAGCCUUUGACGUCCGAAGUUCGUCUCUGCACUCCCUGAAUCGUCUGCUUUAUGACGAGCUCAUCAAAUCAAUACUGAAGAUCAUUGAGAAACUGGACUUGUCCGUCCAGAAACAGAGUGCUGACGAGCAAGAGGGGAGAAGUGAUGCCAGCAGUAGCAUGUUAAUACCUUCUUCUGACCCGGCUGCAAACCUUCAGCCUAGCAAACCCAAAGACUUCACUGCCUUUGUCAACCUGGUGGAGUUCUGCAGUGAGCUGCUCAUGAAGGAGCACGUUGAUUUCUUCGAGCAGUGGGUGUACGGACUGGGCCAUGAACUUAUUCUGCAGUCGACAAGAUUUCCCCUCGUCAGCGGAUUCUAUAAAUUGCUUUCUGUUUCAAUGAAGAUUGCUAAGAGAAUUAAGUAUUUUCAGGGAGUGAGUCCCAGGAGCUGUAAAACCAGUCCCGAAGACCCGGAUAAGUAUGCCUGCUUUGCACUCUUUGCAAAGUUUGGUAAAGAGGUCUCUGUCAGAAUGAAGCAGUACAAGGAUGAACUCCUCGCAUCUUGUCUCACUUUUGUUCUCUCACUUCCUCAUGACAUUGUAGCUCUUGACAUCAAGGCCUAUAUUCCUGCCCUUCAGAAUUCUUUCAAACUGGGUCUUAGCCACACCCCCUUGGCCAACACAGGCCUAUAUGCCCUGGAGAACUGGUCGCAAUUUAUACCCAAAUAUGUGAUGCAGCCCCACUACAAAGAUAUCCUGCCUUACCUGGAUGGCUUCUUAAAAACAACAGCAUCGAAUGAUGAAGAACAAAAUAACUGGGAGGUAAUGAGUCUUUCCCGUAGUACAGAGAAAGGAUAUGGCAGAGUCCUUAUGCGGCUUUUAAAGAAAGCGAAGCGUUUCUCUCUGACUGAAGAUUCUCCGACUGCACUGGUGAGGCGGAGAGUUGUGAGGCUGCUCGGGCAUCUGGGUGGACAAAUCAAUAGGAGUCUGGUAACAGCUACUUCUGCUGAAGAAAUGAUGAAAAAGUUUGUUGCUUGGGAUUCAGAGAAGAGGCUAAAUUUUGCAGUGCCAUUUGCUGAUAUGAAACCGGUCAUCUACCUAGACACAUUCUUGCCUCGCAUCACUGAACUGGCACUCUCUACUAAUGACAGACAGACCAAGGUAGCUGCCUGCGAGCUCCUGCACAGUGUGGUUGUGUUCAUGCUGGGGAAGGGCUCUCAGAUUCCUGAAGGGGAAAAGUCCACCCCUCCAAUGUACAGACUGUACAAGCGCAUUUUCCCUGUGCUCCUGCGCCUGGCCUGUGACGUAGAUCAGGUAACCAGACAGCUGUACGAGCCCUUGGUAAUGCAGCUGAUUCACUGGUUCACAAACAACACCAAGUUUGAAAGCCAGGACACAGUGGCUAUGCUGGAAGCCAUUCUGGAUGGAGUGGUUGACCCAGUGGACAGCACUCUGAGAGACUUCUGUGGUCAGUGUGUUCAAGAGUUCCUGAUGUGGUCAAUAAAGCAGACCACACCAAAGCAGCAGGAGAAGAGUCCAGCUAACACCAAAUCCCUCUUCAAACGACUCUACAGCCUGGCUCUGCAUCCAAAUGUGUUUAAGAGGCUGGGGGCAGCGCUUUCCUUUAACAGCAUUUACAGGCAGUUCAGGGAGGAGAGUACACUGGUUGAUCAGUUUAUCUUUGAACUACUAGUUAUAUUUGUUGAAAGUCUAGCCCUUGCACAUACAGAUGAAAAGUCAUUAGGUACAUUACAGCAGUGCAGUGAUGCCAUUGAUCACCUGAAGAGGAUAAUUAAACAGAAGGCUGCUUCCCUGAAUGCUGAGAAAACAUCGAGAAGACGAGUGCCAAGAGGUUUCCCUCCAGAUAAACCUGUAUGUUUGUUAGAUGUCAUCAUGUGGUUGUUGGUGCAGUGUGGACGUCCUCAGACAGAGUGCCGGCACAAGUGCAUGGAGUUGUUCUACGAAUUUGUACCUUUAUUGCCAGAUAACAAAAGUCCUGCCUCAUGGUUGGAUGAUAUCCUAAAGAAGCAGGGGGUUGCAUUCCUGAUCAGCAGGUUUGAGAGUGCAGGCCGCGAAGACGGUGGCUGUUCAGGUAUCCUAUCCCAGACAACCCUGCAUGACCUGCAGGAACCCUUCAGCCUGCGAGCUGUCCUGCAGUGGAUGGACAUGCUGCUGGCAGCGCUUGACUGCUACAACACCUUCAUUGGGCUUCACUUGGUCAAGCCUCAUGAGGUUUUAGGUGCAAAAGUGCAGUCAGGUUUUCUAAAAGCCAUUGAGUUCUUCAUAACAGAACUUGCUGUGCAGGAUAUCUCUGCUGCUGAGCUGUGCUUUUCUGUGGGGCCAAAGGGUGCUCUCUUCAGCCCAAAGGAGAGGGAAGACUACAACUACAGUAAGGGCACAAUCAUUGUUCGGAUGAUGGAGUUUGUCAGCAUGGUCCUUGAGAACUGCCAGCCGGAAUUUUGGAAGUUACUAGAGCAGAAUAUUCUGAAUCCAACCUUUUUUGAGCUGAUUACUACAACAGUGUGCGAUCCAUCGAGCAUCGGGUUCAAUAUGGCAGACGUUGAGGUGAUGAAGAACCUGCCAGAUAUCUGUGUGCGGCUGCUGAAGGCUCUGGCGAAAUCUCCUUACAAAGGCCAGCUAGAGAUCAGUAUGAAGAGGAGGAUCUCCUAUAAGAGUGUUGAGGAGCUGUGUGGUGUGGACCUGUGUAACGUGGAUGCCCGUUCCGAUCGUGCCAGACUGGUAUUUGUUCUUUCCGCUUGCAAGCAGCUGCACAAAGCUGGGCUGCUUAACUCUGCACUGCAGAGCCAGGCUGCCAGCUUUGGCUUGUCCCUGGGGUCGAAGCUUCUGUCAGUAGUGUAUAAGGGAAUCGCUCCCGGAGAUGAAAGAAAGUCCCUCCCCUCCAUGGAUGUGAGCAGCAGGAAGAUGGCAGAUGGAUUGCUUCAGUUAGCUUUUUCACUUGGAGGACAAUGUAAGGAACUGGUGGAUUUGCUGCUCAACAGCAUAAUGCUGUCGGUACCUCUGUCUGACACGUCCCAGAAGAACUUCAUUACUUUCUCUCACGGAGAGUACUUCUACAGUUUGUUCCAAGAAACCAUCAAUUCAGAGCUUCUUAAGAACCUGGACACCACUGUGGCACAGCUGAUGAAAUCUGCAGCAGAAAACCCUAAAAUGGUGAGCAUGGUCUUGAACGGUAUGCUGGAUCAGAGUUUCCGGGAGCGCUCCGUGCGGAAGACGCAGGGAAGCCAGCUGGUGGGCGGGGUGCUGGGCAGCUGGACCAGUCUGCAGUCCUGGUGGGCCAGCAGCUCCUCCGCAGAGAGUAAAAUGGCUGCAUUAACACUGCUCUCCAAGGUCUUGCAGAUUGAUUCUUCGGUUUCUUUCAACACAAGCCACUUAGCGUUUGCAGUGGUGUUCAGUACAUACACUACCUUGGUCACUGAUUCAACACUACCAUUAAAUCUAAAGAGCCAGGCACUGAUUAUCCUCCCUUUCUUCACCAACCUCCUCGGGAGCACGCUCGCAGACCUUCACAACGCCCUCGAAGUGCUGGUUGCUUCUCACUUUCCCAUGCAGUCGGAUGAGUUUCCCAAGGGGACUCUGCGCUACAACAACUACAUUGACAGCAUUAAGAAAUUUCUGGAUGCACUGGAGCUUUCCCAGAGUCCAAUGCUGUUGAAAUUAAUGACCGGGAUUCUUUGUCGUGACAACAAGCACGUCAUGGAAGAGCUGUUUCAAACUUGUUUCAAAAGGAUUGCCAGAAGGGGGAGUUGUGAGAAGCAAGUCUCCUUGCUGGACACAGUGUACCAAAUGUUCCAGAAUGACGAGCUCCACUCUAACACUGCUCGUCAGGCAGUCCUGGACCGCUCUCUCCUCACUCUCACACUCCACUGCAGCUCAGACGCUCUCAAGGAGUUCUUCUGCACAACUGUAGGCGACAUCAUGGGGACCUUGCAGGCUAGAUUCACAAAGUCAAGCGAGUCAACUUUUGAAACCCAGCUAACCAAGAAGAACGGUUGCUACAAGCUGUUGGAGGUGCUGUACUCGCGUCUGCCAAAGGAAGAUGUUUACUCCAAAGAAUCGUUAAUUAACCAGGCUUUCUGUAGACCUAACAAAGCUGAGGGGAAUGAGCUUUCAAAGAGCCUACUGAAGUCCUGCUUUGACACCUUCACGGAGAACAUGGCAGGGGAGACCCAGCUGCUGGAGAAGAGGAGGAAGUAUCACUGUGCUGCUUAUAACUGCGCCAUCACUGUCAUCAGCUGCAGCUUCAAUGAGACAAAGUUCUACCAGGGUUUCCUUUUCAGUGAGAAACCAGAGAAGAAUCAGUUUAUUUUUGAGAACCUGAUAGAUGCCAAGCACACAUACAGUUUCCCUGUGGAGAUUGAGGUUCCACUUGAAAGGAAGAAAAAGUAUGUAGCUAUUCGUAAAGAGGCAAGACAGGGAGGUGAAGGGGAUUCAGAUGAGCCCCAUUACUUAUCUUCACAGUCGUACAUGGCAGACAGCAGCCUGAGCGAGGAGAUGAGUCAGUUUGAUUUCUCCACCGGCGUCCAGAGCUUCAGCUACAGCUCUCAGGACCCCUCUGCAAGGGCAGCGCGGGGCAGGAGGAGGGAGCGAGUGGAGUCGCUAGUGCAGGAUGAUGUUGUCGAGCUGGAGAUGGAUGAGCUGAAUCAACACGAGUGCAUGGCAUCUAUGACAGCCCUACUCAAUCACAUGCAGAGAAACAACAUCACUCCCAAGGUGGACGAGGGCACAGUUCCUGCAGAUCUUCCACCGUGGAUGAAGUUCGUGCACGGGAAGUUUGGAAACGCUUCUACGCACUUAAACAUCAAGCUGUUCAUUGCAAAACUGAUAAUCAACACCGAGGAGGUUUUCCGUCCGUAUGCCCGGCACUGGUUGGGCCCCCUGUUGCAGCUGGUAGUUUCUGGCAAUAACGGAGGUGAAGGUAUUCACUACAUGGUGGUGGAGAUCGUGGUUACAGUUCUGUCCUGGACUAGCCUGGCUUCACCCAAGGGUAAUACCAGAGACGAAAUCCUCGCAAAUCGACUUCUCGAAUUCCUAAUGAAAAACGCUUUCUAUGAUAAGAGAGCUGUCUUCAGGCACAAUUUGGAAAUCAUUAAGACAGUCAUUGAGUGCUGGAAGGACUGCCUGGCUGUCCCAUACAGUCUGAUAUUUGACCGGUUCUCUGGGAAAGAUCCGAACAGUAAGAACAAUUCAGUGGGGAUACAGUUGCUUGGUAUUGUGUUAGCUAAUAACCUGCCGCCAUACGAUCCAAAAUGUGGGAUUGACAGUGAAAGUUACUUUCAGGCCUUGGCCACCAAUAUCUCAUUUGGAAGGUUUAAGGACAUUUAUGCAGCAGCAGCAGAGGUCAUUGGGCUUAUAAUGCAAUAUUUGGCUAAGAACGAAAAGCAAUUGGAAGGGCCGAUUUUUGACUUCACAGUAAAAGAAUUGAAACAUCUCCAGAACACAAAGGAAGACAAGUUUGUUGAGUGUUUAAGUAAAGUUGUGAAGAACUUCCCUCCACUUGUUGACAGGUUUCUGAAUGCUGUGUUGUUCCUGUUGCCCAAGCUGCAUGGCGUGCUGAAGACACACUGUAUGGAGAUUCUGAUGAGCCGAGCUGAGGAGGUGACUGAUAUUUACCUGCAGCUAAAGAGCAAGGAUUUCGCCCAGAUCAUGAGUCACAGGGAUGAGAUGAGGCAGAGGGUGUGUUUGGAUAUUGUGCACAAGAUACUGGCUAAGCUGAAGCCAGUUGAACUGAAGGAGCUGCUCAUUUCAGUGACAGCCUUCACCACACACCCCUCUCCAGUGUGCAGAGAGAGAAUGUAUGACAUACUCAUGUGGAUUCACGACAACUACAGGGACCCAGAGAGCCAGUCGGACAGUGUCUCUACAGAAGUGUUCAACCUGGCCAAGGAGACGCUGCUUCAAGGGCUGACUGACGAAAACCAAGGCCUUCAACUUUAUGUCCGGAAUUUCUGGAGCCACGAGAGCCGUCUCCCGACAAGCACCCUUGAAAGAAUGCUGGUGGUCCUUCGAUCGCUGUACUCGAGUAAGAUCGAGGCUCACUACCUCAGCCUGGCUACCAACCUGCUACUGGAAAUGACCAGCCGAAGCCCAGACUAUACACGGGACAUGUUUGAGUACCCACUUUCCGACUGCAAGUUUCAGGACUAUAUCAUUGAUUCCAACUGGCGUCACAGAAGCACAGUUCUCACCCCCAUGUUUGUUGAGACUCAAGUCACGCAGGGUGGGACCCAGUACCACACACAGGAUUCACCUCAAGGGACGAUAGGUGGUCAAGUUAGGGCCACACAGGCACAACUUGAGUUCACACAGACACAGGCUGCAGGCCGACGCAGUUCCUUCAACUGGCUGACAGGGGGCAGUAUCGACACCCUGUCAGAGUACUCCCUGCCCUCCUCCGCUGAUUCUGUCUCUUCUUCCUUGCUGGUUUUCGGCAAGCGAGGUGAUAAGUCACAGCAGGCAGCCAGGAAGCCGGUGGGGUCCGACUUUGGCAAGAAGCGACUCGGCCUUCCCGGAGAUGAGGUGGACAGCCGGACUAAAGUGAAAGACCAGCGAGCUGACAUCCUGAGGCUGAGGAGAAGAUUCCUGAAGGACCAGGAGAAAGUCAGUCUGAUCUACGCAAAGAAGGGAGUCCGGGAACAGAAACAAGCAAAGGAGAAUGUAGCUGAGCAGAAGCUGAAGCGGGAGGCGCAGGUGACUCUGUACAGGAGCUACAGACAGGGAGACUUGCCUGACAUCCAGAUCCAACACAGCAGCCUGAUUGCCCCUCUGCAGGCUUUAGCACAGAGAGACCCUACCCUUGCAAAGCAGCUUUUUAGUUCCCUCUUUUCUGGAAUUCUGAUUGAAAUGGAAAAAUCUAAAAGCCAAUCAGAAAAGAAGCGAAUCACUGAAGAAAUUUUAGGAGACAUGAAUAACUUCCUAAGUAAAACUACAGUGUAUUUCCCUCCCUUUGUCACCUGUGUUCAGGACAUGAGUUACCGACACAAAGAGCUGCUGAAUAUAGAGCCUAGCAGUGUGAGUUCGAGCUGCUUGGCCAGCCUACAGCAGCCAAUGGGAAUCUUGCUGCUGGAGGAGAGUUUAAUUAAGGGGCUUGUCCCUGAAGAGCCGCCUGCGAAGAGAGCCAGAGGAAGGAGAGAACUGCCUCCCGAUACUGCUCGUUGGAUCCACCUCGCCAAGUUGUACAGAUCUCUAGGAGAUUAUGAUGUCCUUCGUGGCAUCUUCAGCGGCAAGAUUGGAGCCAAGUCAAUCACCAGCAUGGCACUGCAGGCUGAAGCCAAAAGCGACUACGCUGAAGCUGUAAAGUUAUACAAUGAGGCUCUGAAUACAGAAGAGUGGACAGAUGGCGAGCCUGCUGAGGCAGAGAAGGACCUGUGGGAGAUAGCAGCUUUGGAGUCAUACAGUCACCUCACUGAGUGGAAGUCAUUGCAAUACUGCUCAACAGUCAACAUUGAUGAUAGCAGUCCAGCUGACCUGGAGAAGAUAUGGGGUGAUCCUUUCUACCAGGAAGCCUACUUGCCGUAUGUGAUGCGCAGCUCGGUGAAGUUACUGCAGCUGGGGGAGCCGGACCAGUCUCUGCUGACCUUUGUGGACAAUGCAAUGAAGGUGGAGGAGAGGAAAAGCAUCAUUGAGACAAGUUACAGCCAGGAGCUCAGUCUACUCUACAUCCUGCAGGGUGACUUUGAUAGAGCCAAGUACUAUGUCAAUAACUGCAUGCAGGUGUUCAUGCAGAACUAUUCCAGUAUUGACACAUUGUUGCCUGGGAGUCGUCUCACCAAACUGCAAUCUGUCCAAGCUUUAACAGAGAUACAGGACUUCCUCAACUUCAUGACAAAAGAUGUUUCACAGACAUCACUUAAGAGUCUGAUCAGAAUUUGGACUGACCGUUACCCUGAUGCUAAAAUGGACCCCAUGAAUGUUUGGGAUGACAUCAUCACAACUCGGUGUUUCUUCUUGGAUAAGAUUGCAGGGAAGCUCACCAAUUCAGAAGCAGAUAACAGUAUGGAGGUGGAUGGAGGUGAGGACACAGGUGUGAAAAUUGAAGUGGAUGAACCAGAAGAUGUUGGCUCCAUGAUAAGAGGUUGCAAGUUCAGUAUGAAACUGAUGAUGGCUGAUAGUGCAAGAAAACAGAAUAAUUUUUCAGUGGCCACCAAGUUGCUGAAGGAGCUGCACAGGGAGUCAAAGAACCAGGAGGACUGGCUGGUCCGCUGGGUACAUUCCUUCAGUCGCUUCAGUCACACCCGCAGCCACACCCAGAGCAGCUCCGAGCAGAUCCUGACUGUGUUGAAAACCAUCCCGCUCUUAGAGGAAAGAAAAAUAGACUAUACAAAGGCAACUACUCGCAUUGUCAGGGACCAGAACAUCCUGUUAGGCACCACUUACCACAUCAUGGCUAACGCUCUGACCAGAGAUGGCUUGGCAUUGGAACACAUUGGGGAGGACAAAGCUGGGAAAGUUCUGGAUCUCUUGGGAACCACAUCUGAUAAUCUUGAGCAGGUAGUGGUGGGUCUGCACAGGAAAGCCCUUCAGCACCUGCAGAAUGCUGUGAAGAAGGCAGAAGAGGAGUUGCAGUCCCGCUCUACAGAGCACGUCGAUAUCCCUGGAGCCAUCGAGGCCUACAUGACACUGGUGAACUUCUGUGACAAACGACUGCGAGAGGAGGAGGAGAGUGCUAAAGUUUCCACAUUUUCUGAACUUCCAACAUUCCCAGCUGUUGUGGUGGACACAAUGCUGAAAGCCUUGAAGCUGAAUUCCAAAGAGGCCAGGCUGAAAUUUCCCAGGUUGCUGCAGAUCAUAGAGCUGUAUCCAGCAGAGACUCUAGACCUUAUGGCAAAAGAGGUUUCCUCAGUCCCCUGCUGGCAGCUGAUUGGCUGGAUCAGUCAGAUGAUGGCCUUGCUUGAUAAGGAGGAGGCCGUGGCUGUGCAGCACGUCAUCAAGGAGAUUGCAGAGUACUAUCCACAGGCUAUCCUUUACCCGUUCAUGAUCAGCAGUGAAAACUAUGUCUUUGAAGAUUCAGCCACUGGCCAUAGAAACAAAGAGUUUGUCGCAAGGUUGAAGUCCCAGCUAGAUAAGGGGGGUGUUGUUAAAAACUUUAUUGAUGCCUUGCAGCAGCUCACCAACCCUGAAAUGCUCUUCAAGGACUGGAUGGAGGAUGUGAAGAAGGAACUGGAAAAGCCAAAGACGGAUAAGAAACUGCUGAAGAAUAUGUAUGAAGAAAUGUAUUCAGCCCUGGGAAAUCCAAGAUGUCAAGGAAUAGGGGCUUUCCGCAAGAAGUUUGCUCAGCAUUUCAGCAAAGAAUUUGAUAAAACGUUUGGAAAGGGAGGUGCAAAGCUGUUUGAUAUGAAGCAUGAUGCCUUUAGGAAAGCUUCUGAUUCGCUCUGGGGAUCGAUAUCUGAAGAACAGAAAAAAGAGAAGGAGCCUGGCAACCUGAAGGAGUACUCCCCAUGGAUGAGCAACUUUAAACCAGAGGUCCUGAGAAAUGAACUCGAGAUCCCAGGACAGUAUGAUGGCAAAUGCAAACCGUUACCAGAAUACCAUGCAAGGAUUACAGGCUUUGAUGAAAGGAUCAAAGUGAUGAGCUCCAUGCGAAAGCCCAAGCGUCUGAUAAUGCGCGGCAACGACGAGCGAGAGUACCCCUUCCUGGUGAAGGGAGGCGAGGACUUGCGGCAAGACCAGCGCAUCGAACAGCUUUUCGACGUCAUGAACAUCAUCCUGUCCCGCGACGCCACCUGCAGCCAGAGGAACCUCCAGCUCAAAACCUACCAGGUCAUUCCAAUGACAGCCAGGAUUGGAUUGAUCGAGUGGCUGGAGAACACUUGUACAUUAAAAGAAUUCCUGUUCGACAGAAUGACGGAAGAAGAGCGAAAGCACUGUAAACGUCCUGCUGAGUCUUACAUGGAAUGGCUUUCCAAAGUGGCAGGAAAAGAAAAAGGAAUUGCCCAGUAUAUUACCAUGUACAAGACAGCAAAAAGAACAGAGACUGUCAGAGCUUUUAGGAAUGUAGAACACCAUGUACCAGAAGAUCUUCUAAGGAGAGCCUUUAUGAAGAUGAGCACCACCCCAGAGGCCUUCCUCUCCCUGCGAUCGCACUUCACCUGCUCUCAUGCCCUCAUGUGCGUCAGUCACUGGAUUCUGGGCAUUGGCGACCGGCACCUCUCCAACUUCAUGAUCAACAUGGAGACCGGGGGUAUGGUGGGCAUUGAUUUCGGACACGCCUUCGGGUCUGCUACACAGUUUCUGCCAGUGCCGGAGCUCAUGCCAUUCCGUCUGACCCGUCAGUUCCUGAACCUCAUGCUGCCAAUGAGGGAGUCAGGCCAGAUCUACAGUGUGAUGGUUCACUCUUUGAGGGCGUAUCGGGCAGACCCAGACCUCCUGAUUAACACCAUGGAUGUGUUUGUGAAAGAGCCUUCGUUGGACUGGAAGAACUUUGAGCUCAAGCAGAUGAAGAAAGCCGGGAGCUGGUCAGAAGCAGUGAACACCAACGAGAUCAACUGGUAUCCCAUGCAGAAGGUGAACUUCGCCAGGCGGAAGCUGGAAGGAGCCAAUCCUGCUGUUAUCACCAGUGAAGAGCUCAAGCUGGGAUUUGAAAAGAGCCCAGCCUAUCAAAGCAUCAUAGCCGUGGCCCAGGGGGAGAAGGAGCACAACGUCCGGGCACGGGAGGCUCCUCAGGGGCUGUCUGUGGAGACCCAGGUGGAGUGCCUCAUCGACCAGGCCACUGACCCCAACAUUCUGGGCAGAGUCUGGGUGGGCUGGGAGUCGUGGGUGUGAGGCAGUGAACAGAUCUCUUCUCAGAAGAUCUACAAUGGGAAGCUCCAAGUCCUUUUUUAAGUAAUCAAAUUAAAGGAGUGAUUUGCAUACAUUUGUAAAAACACAUGUAUUUUACAUGACCUGUAUAUGGCACUCGUGGUGCUGUAAUAGUGUUACAGCCCAAAUGAGAAUCAAGGGAAGAGGGGAAGCUACAAGUUUCAUGUUAAACCAGCUUGCAUCUCAGUCUAAUGUCAAAUCCAUAAUGGUAAAGCAGCAAAACAAGGAAUUUUUGGAGGUGGUAAAAAGCACCAAUUACUAAUUAGUUGCUAAUUGAAACAGUUUUUUUUAAAAAUACAUUUUCUCCAUGCUAGAAAACAUUUGCAUAUCCUUAUUGUCUGAUAUUUGAAAUUUAUAUAUUGUGUGUUUUCAUGCAUUAUAUAUGUAUAUUGCAUUUGGAAUAAUGUGUUGUUACAAGCCACAGGAGGUUGUAUGCAGAUCACUAAAAUGAGAUGCUUGAUAAAAUAAAUAUUCUACUCAUCAAACCAUCACAAGACGCAUUAUUAAAACUGUUACCAAAGUCCA